AUGAGUGAGAAGUGGGUCACAGAAUGGAUCAAGCAGAAGGGGGAAAGCAAAUGCAUCCCUUGGAAAAGCCUACAAGAGCUGAUUUUAGCGCACCCUAAUGCGAGGAAAAAGAUCGACGUCUUUGCUCUGAGCAUUUAUGGGCUAGUAAUUUUUCCUAGGGCCCUAGGGCACAUAGAUGAGGCGACCUCAGAUCUCUUUGACCGACUUGAUAAGAGGGUUACGCCAGUUCCGGCAAUUUUGGUAGAAACCUUCAGGUCACUGAAUGCAUGUCGAAGGACGGGUGAAGGCAGAUCCAUCGGAUGUGUGCAGCUUCUACUUGCAUGGUUCCACAGUCAUUUUUGGAAAAUUGAUAAGAAUCUUCAUGAGGAGGACAUCGAGUGGAGAGCCCCGUGGUUGCUUCCUGAUGAGAUCUUGUACCGAUGUGGUAAUUUUGAUUGGGUCCCGUUACUUGGAAUCUGGGGAGCCGUUGGUUAUGCUCCAUUGAUGGUGCUAAGACAGCACAGGCCAAGGCAGUUUAUACCUGCAACCCAACGCUUAGCUGAGUUUGAAUUCUCAUAUAAAGACAAUCGCUAUAAAAAGAAGAUUCGAGAAAUAACCAGUGCAUGGGACCAAACUCGACGGAUGAAGAGAUUAGCCGUAGGCCCGAUGACGACUCUUGAAUAUAAUGAAUGGGGGGUUAGAAGAAUCAAUGAUAAUAUCCUAAGAUCAGGUCAAGGAGACAGUCCAUCGAUAGAAGAACAUUUGCGGGUUGUUCCCUCUGAAUUGGAAAUUAUCAAGCAAGAUUUUGAGAAGAGGAAUGCAGAGCUUGAAAAAAAAGAUCGAGUAGUUGGAAGAAGAAAAGAUGCACUUGGGAUUAGAUGUGGAUGUUCAAAAGUUAGAGACUAA